GAAGAACUUCUCUCUGCGGAAGACAUAGCAACUUGCCCAAGUUGUUCUCUUUAUGUUAGAGUUAUCUACGAUUUGGAAGAAUUCACCAAUUCGCAUGAACUGGAAACCGUGAAGGAUAAUUUGAAGAAAUUAGAAAUUGCCCAAUAAUUCAAUAUGGCGUCAAGGGGCCGAGGGAGGGGUCGUGGAGCAAAAAGAACUUUCAACAGGGACCAGUUGAAUGCUUUGGGUGUUGUUGGAAAUGAACCGCUUUCACAGCUCUCAAAUCCACCCCCACUGUAUACACCACUCCUCAGAAGCGCAGCACCAUUAGAGUCUUCUGAAGAUUUGGAUUAUGCUUUAGAAAUGAAGACAGCUUUAAUAAAUUUCAUGCAACUGUCAUACUCGUUUUUGAAACUCCCAGAGAAAUCAAGCGAUGACCUUAAACAAAAGCUAGAGCUGCCUGAAAAGGAGAUAACCCAUGAAUGGAGAAUGUUUCCUAGUGAACUACGUCCAAAAUUAAAAGCAAAAAGAAAAAUUAAAAGGACUAAAAAGGAGGAAUCUGUUCUGGAGAAACUGGAGAGAUUGGAGAAAAUGGAGAGCGAUCGUGCUUAUAACAUCGAUAAGGUCAAAACUGAACCGAACGCGGAAGAUGUGGAAGGUAAUGAGAACGUCGUUGAUGAGGAAGAUGAAGAAGAUGAAGAGAAAGAAGAAGAUGAUGAGGAGCAAAUGGAUGAAGAAAUCGACGAUGGAACUGAUUACGGCAAUAACUAUUUCGAUAAUGGUGACAGUUAUUGUAAUGACGAAGACGAUAACUUAGAUGAUGGUCCCGUGUACUGAUUUCUCAUUUGCGUUGUAGAUAGUGUAAAUUAAUUCAAUAAAAUUAUUUUC